AUGGAUCGAUUUGUGAUAAAAACUAACCGUCAUCGUCUAGGAGAAUCAUCUACUUCAAAUGAUAAUAUCAAUGUUGGAACGUCGGCUAAUGAUAACGUCCAAGAAGAAACGCCAAUUAAUGAUAGCGUCUCUGAAGAACAUGCUCAAGUUGGAGAAAGUGCCAAAGGGGGCGGUGGUAAAUUCGUCAGUGAAGGUUAUAGAAACUGGCACAAGAAGGAAAAUUUGAGAAAAGACAAGGGAAAUCAUGACAGUGUUCAUCAUCAUUGCUAUAUGGCUUAUCAAGAUUUGAUGAAUAAUAAAGGUCACAUAGAUGUUCCUAUUGGGAGAAAAACUAAGGAAUCUAAACGCGACUACUACAUUCGGUUGCGUACAACAACGAAGGCCAUUAGAUAUUUGUUAAGGCAAGGAAUUCCAUUUCGAUGGCAUGACGAGUCAAAGAGUUCGCUAAAUAAAGGUAACUUUGUGGAACUUAUAAAGGUUAUUGCGGAAGAUAAUGAUGAAAAUAACAAAGUUGUUUUGGAUAACUCCCAAGGAAAUUGUAUUGUGACAGCACCAGAAAUUCAAAAACAAAUCAUUCGUGCGUUUGCUCAUUUAGUCUCGAAGACUAUCAUUUCUGAUAUUGGAGAUAAUUUAUUUGCUUUGUUAGUUGACGAGGUACGUGAUGUGUCCAUUAAAGAACAAAUGGUGGUUUCUUUACGUUGUGUAAACAAGGAAGGAAAAAUUAUUGAACGCUUUCUUGGCAUUGUUCAUGUUCCAAAUACAACUUCACGACGUCUGAAAGCUUCUCUUGAGUCUCUUCUUACAACAUUUGGCUUGAGUUUGUCGCGAGUGCGUGGCCAAGGUUAUGAUGGAGCUAGUAAUAUGGAAGGAGAGUUUAAUGGUUUGAAGAGUUUAAUAUUGAAAGAAAACAAGUCUGCUUUUUAUGUUCAUUGUUUUGCUCAUCAGCUUCAGUUAUCUCUUGUGAAAAUUACUAAGAAAAAUACGCAACUUUUUGAAUUUUUUGGUUCUCUUGCAUUGUUGGCUAACGUUAUUGGAGGUUCUUGUAAACGUCAAGAGUUGUUUCAGGAGAAACAAUUUGAGAAGUUAAUGGAAAGAGUUUCUUUGUAUAAUUUUGUAAGUGGUAGUGGUUUGAAUCAAGAGUCCACUUUAUAA